CAUUAUUGUUAAGUCUUUUGAACUUACACUCCACCAACCUUUCCAUCUUCUCCAUAACGAUCUUCUCCAAUCUCCAAUCCAUUAAUGGAGGGAAUUCAUAAAGCCCUCUUUCUCUCUCUAAAAUGCCUUAGGAAACCACGCCUAACUACAAGCUAAACACAACUUCCAGCAAUCGCUACUUUUUCUGAACAAAACGAUCCCUCUCCCGUCUUUUCUAGGGUUCUUCAUCUGAACCUUUCACACCCCUUUUUAAGUUUUAGCACCUUUUUCUCUCUGCAUUUGUAGCCUUUUCAGUGCCCCAUUUUGUUAUUUUCUCUGUAUUCAAAACCCUUUUAACCUGAAACCUCUUUUUUCUCCACCUGUAGGAUUUACUACGAUUUUUCACAAUGUCGCCACCGUGGUUCACUGAUUCUGCUGCCGGGUUGAACCGUUCGGGUCGUCCUGCACAACCCACUUACCUACCGCGUUUCCGCCGUGACGAGAACAUCAUGAUCAACACCACCCACCGUGGCCGUGGCGGUGGAGGUGAUGGCGGACGCGGUCGGGGACGUCGCGGAGGCCGUUCUGGUGGAUAUUUCCACGAUGAAAAUCCCAACAACUUCCCUUUUGAUAUCCCUCAGAAAUUCAACGAGUUAGAGAUCGCCCAAGAAGAAGAUGCUUCAAAGAUGAAUGCAACUGCGUACGAUGAUACGCCGGUGGAGGCCUCUGGCACUAACAUACCUCCACCCGUGACGUCGUUUUCUGAAAUAUGUUUCUCGAGCCCGGCUCUGAUUGAAAACAUAAAGAGGUGCAAGUACUUGAAGCCCACGCCCAUACAGAGGUACGCCAUUCCAGUAGCCAUGGCCGGGAGGGAUUUGAUGGCAUGCGCCCAGACUGGGUCCGGUAAAACGGCAGCGUUUUGCUUUCCCAUUAUCAGUGGGAUUCUUAUGGCUAAUCAGAAGUACAAGAGGUUUAGUAAUCCUCACAGCAUAGCUUGUCCACUGGCUCUAAUACUAGCUCCUACUAGAGAGCUGUCAUGCCAAAUAUAUGAGGAGGCAAAGAAGUUCUCCUAUCAAACUGGAGUCAAGGUUGUGGUUGCUUAUGGCGGAGCUCCGAUUUUCCAGCAGCUACGCAAUCUGGGAAAUGGUGUGGACAUCUUAGUUGCUACUCCUGGCCGCUUGGUGGAUAUGAUAGAAAGAGAAAGGGUUUCCCUGAAGAAUGUCAAGUAUUUGGCUCUUGAUGAGGCUGACAGAAUGUUGGACAUGGGCUUUGAGCCUCAGGUUCGGAGGAUUGUUCAGCAAAUGGAGAUGCCUCCACCAUGUGCAAGGCAGACAUUGCUUUUCAGUGCAACAUUUCCAACUGAAAUACAAAGGCUUGCAUCGGAUUUUCUAUCAAACUACAUAUUUGUAGCUGCUGGGAAAGUUGGCUCAAGCACUGAUCUAAUUGUUCAACGAGUUGAAUUUGUUCCUGACAUGGACAAAAGAGAUUAUUUGAUGAAUCUUCUUCAUGCCCAGAAGACAAAUGGGAUCACUGGAAAGGAUGCUUUGACCCUUGUUUUUGUGGAGACAAAGAAAGGAGCUGAUAUGCUGGAACGCUGGCUGUGCAGAAAAGGUUUCCCCUCUACUGCCAUUCACGGUGACAAAGUUCAGAUGGUUAGUACACUAUCCUCUCUUGAUAAGUUUCUCGAUGUAUUAUGCAUUUGUGGAAUGUCUAACUGAAAGGUUUGCCUUAUGUUGACAUUUUUCUUAGUUGGGCUUGCAUUCAACACAUUUCAUUGAGUACAUACAGUUUCUAUGUAAUUUGUAUUUUGUCUUAGACUAUCUCCACAACUGACUGGCUUGGAAAAUUUGUUUAAUGUUUUUCUAAUUUUUGGCAUUUGGGGAAAAGACUCUAGGAUGUACCCACACUCUCGUGGAACUUGUGAGUUGGUGUCCUACACACAUCGUACACUGACACUACACCUACAUAUCACCGAUACGGGUUUGAAGCCAAUACGUGUUUGACAAUGAUGUGUUGCACUUGUUGGACACUGACAUGAUACCGACAUGUGCUAGAUGUGUCAUGUGGUGUGUUCAAAUUAUUUUUUAGUUUUGUAUACUUGGACAUGUUGCCGAGGCAUACAUUUCAGACCUUCCAGGGGAUACAUUGUCGACAUGUUGGAAUUAACAAAAACGA